GGGGCGUUCAGAGGAGCAGGAAACAAGAAGCAGUGAGUCCAGUGAGUCUGGAGGAAAGGCUCGAGACUUUAACACCCACCAGAGAUCAAACACUUCUACCUGCAGCAGGUGAUGGGGGGUCAGGUCUCGUCAGUAGAGGGCGUCCAUGUUGUGGUUGUCGGCGGUGGAUUCGGAGGCAUCGCGGCGGCUCAGCAUCUGAAAUCCUGAGGACUCAACUUCACUCUGAUCGACAUGAGAGACGCGUUUCAUCACAACGUGGCGGCGCUCAGAGCGUCUGUGCAGCCCGGCUUCGCUCAGAGGACCUUCAUCCCGUACGCUAAGACGUUUGGAGACAGUUUUGUUCAGGGUCGAGUUCAGCGAGUCGACACCGACAGACAGACGGUCGUCCUGGAGGACGGGAGGGAGAUCCAGUACUCCCACCUCAUCCUGUGUACUGGGACUGAUGGAGCGUUCCCCGGGAAGUUCAACACCGUGGCCUCGUAUCAGACAGCCGUCCAGACGUACGAGGACUUCGUCAAGCAGGUCCAGGCUGCCGACUCGGUGUUGGUGGUCGGAGGAGGGUCGACCGGUGUGGAGAUGGCUGCUGAGAUCAAGACCGAGUUCCCAGACAAGAAGGUGGUUCUGAUCCACUCUAGAAUCGCGCUGGCCGACCCGGAGCUACGGCCCAGCGUCAGACAGCAGGCGAAGGAGGUUCUGCUGGGGAAAGGAGUGGAGCUGCUGCUGGGUCAGAAGGUGUCCAACCUGUCGGAGCUGCAGCUGAAUGUGACCCAGAAGAACACGGUGGUGACCACAGACAAAGGAACCAGUCUGACCACGGACCUGAUCAUCUGCUGCACCGGACUCAGGGUCAACUCUGCAGCCUACGCCUCCAGCUUCUCCGGCUGUCUGGCUGAUAACGGAGCUCUGAAGGUCAACGAUCACCUGCAGGUCGACGGCUUCUCCAACGUCUUCGCUGUGGGCGACUGCGCCGACGUGAAGGAGCCCAAGAUGGCGUACCACGCCGGGCUGCACGCUGCCGUCGCCGUUAGCAACAUCGUCAACCGUCUGAGCGGGAAGGAGCUGACCUCAUAUCACACAGGUAACGUCACCAUGUUGCUGGCGAUGGGCCGUGAUGACGGCGUCGGUCAGUAUAACGGCUGGCAGUUGCCCCGUUGCCUCGUUACCCUGGGGAAGAGUAGAGAUCUGUUGCUGUGGAAGAGCUGGAGGGAGAUGCAGCAGCAGCAACCCUGAAACACACGCUCAGCUUUGUAGACUUGUGAGGACGUCACUGAUUACAUGAAGUCUGUGACGUCAGCACACAGACUUGAUAGCGACAUGAGGACCGUUUCGCUGGUUCAGAGUUACUGUCAUGAUCUCAGAUGUCUGCUGGUGAAUAUAAAAUGCUUAAAUACAA